AUGGAGACGUAUCACGGCUUUGUGCGGACACCCGCAGACGCUAUCAAGCUCUUCGAGGCUUGCAGACUCGGCCUCUUGCCUCGCGUCCAACGCAGACUAUCAGAGAAGGAACGCCAAUCCAUCCGAUCCGGCUCAGUAUUUGUUUGGGAUGAGCGGGAAGCUGGCAUGAGGAGGUGGACCGAUGGAAAGUCAUGGAGCGCCAGCCGAGUCUCUGGCAGCUUCCUUACCUACCGCGAGAUGGAGGGCAAGCGUGGCAGCGGCUUCGGCGGCGGCAGACGGGGUGCCGGCAAGACUCCCGACUCUGGCCGCGGCAGCGAUGAGGACCAGGAGGACGGCGAGCCUGAGGGCUACAGAUACAAGGCGGAUGGCCUCAUGAAGCAGUCUUUCAGCAUCACCACCUCCACUGGCCAGCACCUUCACCUCAUCUCCUACUACUCGAGACCGCACCCUGGAUCACCAGAGCUCCAGCAACCAAGCACCGAUGCCCAGCUCAGACACAUCACUCCCAUGAAGGGAAUGUACCCCGAGUCCAGCCUCCACGACAGCAACCCUACUCCCGCUCUCACAAGAGGACCUAUGCUGCAGCAAACUCCCUACAUGACACAGCAGCACCCUCAACAGCCCAUGCCGCCGCAAGCCUACCCUCCUCAGUACGCACAGCAGCCGGGCUACUCAUGGCCUCCUUCGCCGGUCGCCACGCCUCCUUACAGCCACUACACAACAUCUCCCUACCCGCCGCAACAGCAGCCGCAACAUCAACUGCCGCCUCCUCAAGUCUCACACUCGCCCGCGCAACAACCGCACUACGCACACGCACCUCCUCACCACCACCUGUCCCCCUACGACCGGGCACCUCUCCCGCCGCCAACGGCUCAGAAGCCUCUGGCUCCCUAUGCUCCUCAACACCAGUCUCCUCGCCUGGCGCAGAUUCAACAACCGCAGCACCAGUCGCCUCGGUUGGCUUCUAUUCAACAGUCGCGUGCUUCUGAGUCCCCUCGCAUCUCUCACCUUCAAGCUCAAGCGGCACAGGCUGUGAUGAUCGACCCUAGACUCGGCCCUCGCAACCCCAACACUCUGCCGGGAAUCAACGCCGUCUCCAGCGCUCCUUCUACCAGCCACCCGAUCACACAUACUCCUCCCAACAGGACGUUGUCUGUCUCGCCUCCUAGAAGCUCGCACUCCGAUAGCAACAGCGCGGCGCCCCUUCCCAACAAGGCCAGCCUGUCUGCUCUCUUGCUGCACCCUACUCCGUCCAACUCUGAGCCCAGCAGUGCCAACGGUGUGAACAGCGCCAACAGCUCCCCGCGAACAGGGGGCGCUCUCGGCGGUCUCCCCCCGCCGGUCGACCGCCCUGCCAACAUGAGCCACGACGUCAAGGCGCUUCAGGCUCUGGACCGCAAGUUCUGCAUCUAA